AACGGCACCGGCGCGGCACCUCUGUUUCUUUGGGCAUCUAGAUUCUAGACCCGUGCCCUCUCUUUUCUUUCCCAGUUCCCAGUCACCGGGAACACUCGAAGCAGAUAGACGGAGAUAUGGGAGUGAAGAAUUUGUGGGAUAUUCUCGAACCUUGCAAGAAAACGUUGCCUCUUCACCAUCUCCAAAACAAGAGGGUCUGCAUAGAUCUCUCUUGUUGGAUGGUUCAACUUCAAAAUGUUUACAAAUCUCAUUGUCCUACCAAGGACAAGCUCUAUCUCAAGGGUCUUUUCCACCGUCUCAGGGCUCUCAUCGCUUUGAAUUGCAAUAUUAUUUUUGUCGCAGAUGGAUCAAUUCCUGCCAUCAAAUUAUCAACAUACAGGCAGCGCUUAAACUCAGGAUGUGAGGUUUUUCAAGAUGAAACAAACUCACUGAAGGUGACAUCGCUUCGGAGGAAUAUGGGGUCUGUUUUCUCUUGCAUGAUCAAGGAGGCAAAAUUCCUUGGAUUAGCCCUUGGGAUCCCUUGCUUAGAUGGGGUUGAAGAAGCUGAAGCACAGUGUGCAUUACUGAACUCAGAAUCGUUAUGUGAUGGAUGUUUCUCUUCUGAUUCAGAUAUCUUCCUUUUUGGUGCAAGGGCAGUUUAUAGAGACAUUUGCCUGGGCGAAGGAGGUCAUAUUGUUUGUUAUGAAAUGGCUGACAUAGAGAGGAAACUUGGAUUUGGAAGGAACUCCUUGAUUUCUCUGGCACUUCUUCUUGGUGGUGAUUACUCUCAAGGUGUUCAUGGUCUGGGUCCAGAGUCAGCAUGCCACAUUGUUAAGUCAGUUGGAGAUAAUGAUAUUCUUCAAAAACUUGCAUCAGAGGGAGUGUCCUUCGCGAGGAGGACAAAAAAUUCAAAGAAACAGGAUCUACUUGCUUACAAUCAGGACAUAAAUGGAAGCAAUGGUUAUUUGCAAAGCAGGAAUCAGUUUUUGCAAGUCAUUGAGGCAUAUAUGAAACCCAAGUGCCACUCAGCAGAUUCUGAUGUUGUCCAUAAAGUUCUUGCACAACAUCCAUUUCAGAGACUGGAACUUCAGCAAAUAUGUGGAAAAUUCCUCGAGUGGCCUCCUGAGAAAACAGAUGAAUACAUCCUUCCUAAGAUUGCUGAAAGGGAUUUACGGCGAUUUGCCAAUUUGCGUGCUACUUCAUCUGGAUUAGGUGUUAAACUUUCACUGAAGGAGAUACCAGUCAAGUGCCCUGUGUCAGCAAUUAUUAAGCGCAGAAAAGUUCAAGGGAAAGAUUGUUUUGAGGUCUCAUGGGAAGAGAUAGAUGGACUUAAAACCUCUAUAGUUCCAGCAGAUCUUGUGGAGAGUGCUUGUCCUGAAAAGAUCGUGGAGUUCGAACAGAGAAGAGCACUAGGGAAGAAGCAAAAACAGCGUAAAUCAGGACCAAAGAAAUCAGAGAGCAAAACUUCUAUGGCUGCAAUUGAUAAGAAACUCCAAGAUCUGUUGCUUGACAUCGAAUUAGGAAGCAAUCCUAUUCCCAUCCCAUCAAGAGCAGAUGUUGCAGACAACAUAACCCCAGCAGCUGUUGUCAAUUUCAAAAACCAAGAUCCAUUGGUUGGUUUGGAUAUGGAAGAAGAAGAAGACAGUAUGGAUCGCAGAGUGACAAUGUCUUGCCAACCAUCUUGUCCUAGCGUUCAAAAAGAUGAAGUUAUUGAUCUUUUGAGCCCUUCUCCAGUGCAUUCCCGCUAUGCAUCCAGUUUUCCUGAAGUUAAUGAUCAGAAAAUUAAUGUAAUUGAUUUGAGUGACUCAAAAAUGGACAUUUCACUUGAACAUGAGAGGAAAGCAAGGGAGCUUAGAUCGUUUCUAGCCAAAAUUCACGAUGAACUCCAUUAGGUGGCUAUCAUGAGGAACUUUUAUGUAUGUUCUAAUAGUAUAAUAUUUAUGCCAAACAAUGUAGUGUGGAAAUUACUUGGUUAAACCCAAUAAUAGCAGCAUAUGAUA